UUUACAUAGAUGUAUAUCACACAAAGAUACGAAUAUUAUGAAAAAAUCAUAAGUUAACAACGAUCAGCAGUAUUACCAAAAGCUAUUCAAGUCUUGCUGUUGGUCACAUUGUUGAUUCCGAUUACAAAAUUAAUCAGAGUUGGUUGAAAUGGCCCGUCCGCUUUUGUUAUACCCACGAACUUCAAUGUACACUCGUGUAAUCGUUCAACCACUUCUGUCAACAUUUACGUGACAUGAAACUACGAAGACUCGUGACAAUGUAAUUCGCACGUCGUUACUCGCGACGAAUCCAUCCCAAAAUGUUCGCGCAUGAUUAUGUGGAGGGCAUCAAAAAGGCUGAUCAUCGACUGCGUACAGUUUGUCAUUAGAUGCGGCCGCAGUAAUUUUGAUGCGGAUGACUUGGAUGACAUUUCGGAUUACGACGUCCUGGAUGUUCCUAUGCAUUUUCAGCCGCAAACGUUCGGGCUGCCAAGGCAACCGCGCCAAGACGACCUCCAGCAUCGACCGGACGCGCCGGGUUCGAGGAGGACCUCGCCGCCAGAAGUGGUAACCAAGGUGCUGCGGGCCCUCGAGGAGAUGGGCGAGCCCGUAGGUCCGUCGGCGGUGGAGAAGAUGCGCGGGGCUUCGUCAAAGCCUCUUGGGUCGCUGCUCCGCUCGGGAACACCGUCGACGAGAAUGUCGAGCUAAUAGAUUCGCCACUUCGCAGUUUCAGCGACUUCUACUCUGAUCCGUUUCCGGAGUUCUUGCUACCACUUUGGACCACUCGGGACCCCCGUAAUUGUGAAUUCCCAGAAGAAACGAACAAUCCGCUCGUGUAGAAUAUUUGACAUUUCGUUCUUGUGAUUUUACCCUUUUUUCUUUCCUCUUCUCAUAUGGACGCUUAAGUUUUAAUUGUAUAAUACUAUUGUGUGCGCGUAUAGAAAUAAACUGCAUGCUUGGA